AUGGGCCUUUUCAAGUCGGCCAACUCCCCUGCACCUAGCGCCACGAACCGUUCCAUGACGGGCCAGUCCAUUCGUGGCAAAAUAUCAGGCCCAAUCCCCAUCCCGAAUCCCAUCGACGACGAAUUUCCCAUGCGCAACCCGGGCACCGGCAUUGCUACGCCGGUAACUGAAGGCAACAUGAGAGAGCAGAUGAUGAAUCCUCCCCAGGCCGACCCCGUGGUUGGAUCAACUGUUGCGACUCCCCAGCCCGAAGUAUCACAGCCGCCGAGGACCGAGUCCGUUGUUGUCCCUCCGGGAACCGGCUCAACUUCUGGCUCGUCUCCAACCGCCGCGUCCCACGCCAACUCCCACGCCAACUCCCACGUCAACUCCCACUCCAAUUCUCCUCAGUCACAAAGAAGAACGAACGUGUCUAGCAACCUGAGGUACUCUACGGUCAGCGCUGCGUCCGAACAGACCGGUGCGAGCAAGGAAAGACCUCAGCGCAAAAAGUCAACUUUGCGCGGCGCAUUGGGGAAGCUGUUUGGUCGCAAAAAGAAGGGCAGCCAAGGCUCGUACGACUCGCAGCGCAUGUCGACCUAUAACCCCACGAACCCAAACCAAAACCAACACAAGAGCGUGAGUUUCGGCAGCGGCCGCUCCCGUGCCAUUGACCCUUCCGCUUUAACCCGAACGAAGGAGUCCGAACCAAAGCGAUCGGCGUCUCUGCCGAUCACCGAGUACGACAGAGCAUUAAGGUCUCACUCUAUCGGUCCCCAGGAUAUCACGGCUAUUGAGAGCGCGCGAAAUUCGAUCACAGUCGACCCAUCGCAAUUGCAAACGAGCCGUAAACGUGCGGCUACGUCUACAAUAAGCCAAAUUUAUUCCGCUCCGUUUAGGCGUGAUGGCGAGCUGGCAGGUCUGUCGCCUCGUCCAGCGAGCACCCACGUUCGUGGAAGCCGACUAUUCCACUCCGACGACGAGGACCCUGAGGAAAUCGGCCGCGCAAUUACAAGCGACGUUGGCCACAAGCGACGAUCCAGAAGUCUGAGUGGAAUCAACAACCCCGAAGCAAGGGCUCACGUUCGCAGACGCAGCGAUGAGAUCCAGUAUUGGCGACAGAGUUACGAUCCGGCUUUCUACACGUCACCAGCGACGACCAAUCCUCCUGACGACGAGAACCAAUUUGCAGGACUUGCACCAAUGGACAUGCCCGAAUCCCCGGUUUCCCCUAUAGAGCAAGCACAAACGCCCAUGCGCACUCCCCCUCAACCGUUCUCUUUCGGCAAUUUGACUCACAUGAACGUCAUGGCGGGCAUGAAGAUCACACAAGCAGCCAGUAUCGAGACUCGGAUCGAGACUUUGGAGAGCAGGAUGCAGCGUAUGGAAGACGUGGUCACUCAACUGUGCAACUCGGUUCCUGGAUUCCAGGUCCAGAUGACCCAGCCAGGUCGACCUGCGCCGCCUGUGCCUCCCUCGCAAUCGAGCACUGCUGUGAAUCCCACUCUUCAGCAGGUCGCGCGCCAAAGUGCUCCGAGUUCGAGGUACAGCAACUCGGCACAAUCAAACACCUCUUUUGGCGAAGCUCCUACAUAUGUCGGUUCUCUGCACGUUCACACCGGCAUGAACCGGCCAACCUCCAACGCGACUAUUCGCGGCGUCACCAGUUUGCCUGCUAUGCCUCGCGCUGAAGCCGGCCGGACCACCGAGACCUUUACGGCGGAUCAUUACACGAUGCUCCUCGCGCUCCUCGAGACCGAGAGGUCUUCUAGACAGGCCCUUGAAUCUCAGGUGAAGAAGCUCACGAGGCGCAUCAACAUGAUUUCGGGACCGACUGGCAAUGGCCGCAUGUCUCUGCAGAUGGAGCCCCCGCCGACCGCCAAGUCAUUCGGCAGCGUAUCGGCUUUCGAUCAUGACUCAUCGGACGACGAAGAUGCUGCCGCACGGAACCGCCGUUUCUUGGCUGAGGAUUCCGGCGUUGGCACUGGUGUCGGAGACGAUGACUCGUACUCGGAGGUCUUUGCCACCCCGAAGGAGGAGCAGUCGCACGGCUACGGCGCCUUCGGGGAGGAUUUGCUCGACGAGGACGAUGAUCCUGCGCGUAAGAAGGCGGCCAGGACACUGUCCCUCAGCCGGAUGACGCUGGGCAAGAAGGCGUCGAGAACGGGAGUACGAAGUUGA